UGAAACUUGCACAGCUCCUGUGUAUGAUUUACACUGUGCAAGAACAGGGCUUUCCUGCAGCUAUUGCAGCUCUUGCAUCAGGUCACUGUCCUGCUGCUGUACCUGGUUCAUUACUCAGAUUACAAGAUUACAGUGAACAGAGUAUCUGCCAAGCACGAGCUGCUGUGAUGGUCUACGAUGAUGCCAAUAAGAAAUGGGUACCAGCUGGUGGAUCAACCGGAUUCAGCCGAGUUCACAUAUAUCAUCACACAGGCAACAACACAUUCAGAGUAGUGGGCAGGAAGAUUCAGGAUCAUCAGGUGGUAAUAAAUUGUGCCAUUCCAAAAGGGCUGAAGUACAAUCAGGCUACACAGACCUUCCACCAGUGGCGUGAUGCUAGGCAGGUGUACGGUCUGAAUUUUGGCAGCAAAGAAGAUGCCAAUGUCUUCGCAAGUGCCAUGAUGCAUGCCUUAGAAGUAUUAAAUUCACAGGAAGCUGUGUUCUAUUUAGGUCCUACAUUGCCUCGACAGAAUUCACAGCUUCCCUCUCAAGUACAAAAUGGUCCAUCACAAGAAGAAAUGGAAAUCCAGAGAAGACAGUUACAAGAGCAACAGAGGCAGAAGGAGCUGGAACGGGAGAGGCUGGAUCGUGAACGGAUGGAACGGGAGAGGCUGGAGAGAGAGAGGCUAGAAAGGGAAAGACUGGAAAGAGAGCGCCUAGAGCAGGAGCAACUGGAGAGAGAACGGCAAGAAAGGGAACGGCAAGAGCGCCUGGAAAGGGAGAGACAAGAGAAGGAGAGGCAGGACCGGGAGAGACUCGAGCGACUGGAACGGGAGAGGCAAGAACGAGAACGGCAAGAACAGUUGGAAAGGGAACAGUUGGAAUGGGAAAGAGAGAGAAGAAUUUCAAAUGCUGCUCCAUCUUUCGACAACUCCCCGUAUAGCACUCCACUUCCUGAAUACUCCAGUUGCCAGCCUCCUUCAGCACCUCCUCCAUCAUAUGCAAAAGCAGUCUCAGCGCCAAUGGCAGAGGCCACACCGGAGUACGCUGUAGUGACUUCUGCACCACCGACUUCCACUCCCCCUACACCGCCUCUAAGGCACUCUGCAUCACGUUUUGCUACAUCCUUAGGCUCAGCUUUCCACCCCGUUCUCCCCCAUUACGCUACGGUUCCUCGUCCGCUGAACAAAAGUUCUCGGCCCCCUUCUCCCGUCAGUGCCGCGGCGACUUUGCCUCCCAGCACAAAGCCCGCUGCCUGGUCCGUGCCCAGUUUUGCCCCACUGCCCCCAUCUCCUCCAGUUAUGAUAAGCAGCCCACCAGGCAAAGCUACUGGCCCAAGACCUGUCCUCCCAGUGUCGGCUUCCAAUCCGGUGACCCAAAUGUCCACGUCUCCCACGGCUCCUAACGGGCUUCCUGAAAACCUGGCUUAUCCGGUUCCUUCACCUUCUACCUCAGGUCCAACGCCGCCUCCGCCACCUCCUCCCCCUCCACUGCCUUCCUUUCCACCUCUGUCACUCUCUGGACCUCAAGCUUCUCCUUCUCCCAACUCCCCGAAUGCCUCGACUCCCUCAUCCAAGCCUAGUGUUCUCCCUUCUCCCUCUGCAGCUACCCCUGCCUCUGUUGAGAACUCUCUAAACUCUGUGCUGGGAGACUCCUCUGCUUCUGAGCCAGUCUUGCAGGCAGCCUCUCAGCCGGUUGAAGCUCCGACCCAGCAGGGUGUUGUCCAAGGACCACCUGCACCUCCUCCUCCUCCUCCCCUGCCCCCUGGCCCAGCUCAGUCUUCAGUGGCAGCCCCACCUCCUCCUGGCCCCCCACCACCUCCUCCACUCCCACCUUCGGGGCCUCCGCCGCCACCGCCGCCGCCUCCUCCGCUGCCCAGCCAAGUUCCUUCCGUUCCCCUGCCACCUCCUGCUCCCCCCCUGCCAGCCUCGGCGUUUUCAGCGGGAUUCGUGUCCGAAGAUAAUCGCCCUUUAACUGGACUAGCAGCUGCACUUGCUGGAGCCAAACUUAGGAAAGUCUCACGGGGUGAAGACUCCUCCAGUUCGAGUGGAGGAGGAGGAGGCUCUGCUUCAUCCAAAACAGAUGGUGGCCGUGGAAAUGGACCCCUUCCCUUGGGAGGCAGUGGGUUGAUGGAAGAAAUGAGCGCCCUGCUGGCCAGGAGGAGAAGAAUUGCUGAAAAGGGAUCAACAGAACCAGAGCAAAAAGAAGAUAAAGCUGAAGAAUCAGAGUCUUCAUCUUCUAAGGUUUCUUCAACAAGCACACCUGAACUCACAAGAAAGCCUUGGGAAAGGACAAAUACAGUGAAUGGAAGCAAGUCACCUGUUAUUUCCAGACCAAAAUCUACACCAACAGGACAGCCCAGUGCCAACGGAGUACAGUCAGAAGGUCUAGAUUAUGACAGAUUGAAGCAGGAUAUUUUAGAUGAAAUGAGGAAGGAGUUAACGAAAUUAAAGGAGGAACUCAUUGAUGCUAUCAGGCAGGAACUCAGCAAGUCCAAUACUGCAUAGAAAGACUCGUACUAAGCUGAUGUGACUCUUUAACUUGAUAUAAAACUGACUACGUUUUGUGAGCUGUUAGAAGACAACGGAGACAGACAAGACAGACACUUGGAAGGAGGGAGAAACAACCUAUUCUGAAAAGCUUCAGACACAUCACUCUGGUGAUAAUGCUAUUCCCCUCCUAGUUUGCAGCUUUUUUCUGACCUUUACAGCAGGGUGGAAAAGACUCUUAAAGUUACUGUAAUGAUUAUGCAGAAAUUCCUACAUCUAUCAGACAAGAUCACAGUGCUUUGAAGUCUACUCAUGUCAAGAUAAAAUUGCACAUGUUUCAGAAUUUGUUGUUAAGACAGAAAAAAAAAAAAAACAGGGAAAAGCUUGGGAAGGCUUUUCAGAGAGGUUUUCUUUAUUAAUGAAGGAGUUAGCAAGUUAUACUGUUGUACUUCAAAUGUAUCUCAGGUUUGUCUUCCUAUCAUAUCUGAUAUUUCCAUGAGUAAUUUAAGAGCUCAGACGUGUAGAGGUUCGGUUCACAAGACAAGGAACAAUUAGAGACGCGUGCUUUUAAAGGGCAAUAUUUGUAAGUAAGGGUGACCUAGACGGUGAUGACAUAUCAAGAUUUUGGAAUUUUAUGAUAGGAAGCCUCUCUAGUUAGCCUUCAUGCAAUUUUCUAGGAAAAUAAAAAGAAAAAAAAGCAAAUACAGUCCAGAGUUUAAAGAUGUAGAUGCCUUCCUACAUUGUUACGAUGCUUUACCAAAUCUAAGACUUCGACAUAAAGCGAAUCAGCAGUCAAAUGUAAAUCAUUAGUAUGUUGUAGAUUUACAGUAGAUUUUGGGGCUUUUUUUAGAUUUAUGCAUGUGGACAUUUUGUAAUGUAACACAACACAGCCAGCUUUUUAAUUAAAAGAAAAAUUGCAUGUCACAGAGUAGCCUUUUCAUUUGUAAGGCUUAAUUUAUGCCCAGAAAGAUGUGGGAAGAGGGAGGGGGAAGGUGACACAUUUUUAUUACUUUCUACACUUUUUCUUCAUCUUACAUGCAUGUGUAAUAAUGAGGAAAACAUGACUUUUAUCAGUAACCAUGUUAAUGGAACCAGGUACUUGAUCCUUUUGUAUCUUUUUUCAGUUUUCUAUUUGAAAUUCAGUAAUAACUUCCAAUAAUUGUUCUGAAACUCCCAGGUGAACCAAACUCGUUUCUCGGUGAGAGAAAAAAACGUUGUAGGCAUCUGACUUGCUGAGGAUGCCUCUGUGUAAGUGCGUUGUCCUUCACCUUUUCACCAUGACUCUCUGCUUCACUCUUUUCUGAGACUCCUUUUUUUUUGGUUGUUUAAUGAAACAGAGCAGCAGUAGUUACCUGAGAAUGAUCAGGUCACAGUAAAUGGCCCCUUCUCCUCCUGAUUUAUCUGCCACCAUCCUUUCAAAAAAAACUCAAAACCAACAAAAACCCCCAUAGCUCAACACAACAAACCCUGAAAAAAACCAGCAAUGAUAUGCUAUUGGUUUUGCUCAACAGUUUGAGAAUUGUUUUUAGGGGACAUGAUACCUCUCUCUCUCCCAGGGUUUUCAAUCUUGAGUGUAAAUUUUUUGUUUUUAUCAUUUUGUUUUUUAAUGUGGUAAAGUUCAGCGGAAUAGAAAUUCUGCAAAUUGGCUCUGCAGUGCUUUGGACAAGGAAUAUGGAUCAAAAUCUUCCCUUUUCCUUUGCACUGUCCAUUUUUCCAAGCCAUGUUUGCUUUGGAAUCUGUGCUGAUCCAGAAGAAAAGUUUACUUACAACUUGUGGAGACAUUUGCUUACAAGUACAGGCAGCUCCAUUCAUUCCACACAGAUGCUUUCAAUAACAGACUGUCUAGAGUGCUGAACACCAAAGCAAAACAGCACUUAACAGCUUCAGAAAAACUUCAACAAGAAAUUUUUCUCCCAUUCAAACACUGCCUGAUCUUAUUAGGUUCAGAUUCUAAGGGAAGAUGACAGUGAAAGUAUUGCAUAAAUACUUUUUUUGUUUGGUUGGGGUUUUUUUUUAAUAAAGAGGAGAAACAACAUCACUUUUCUGCAUGCAUUUAUUGAAGGCAUUAAAAAGAAAAAAAAUCCAUAGUAAGCUUGUCAAGUACUGUUUUUCUCAAAACAAGAGGAGGCAUUUUCAUCUUUGUUGAUGUAGCUUUUUGUUUUACAGACUUUUUGAGCAGUAAGGAUGUUUACCCUUGUCAGAAAUCAUGUUUGAUUCGUUUCUAGGAGGGUUCAGGAGUUACAUAGUGGAAUAGCAUGGAUGGCUAUAAGUGGUCCAAAAUUAAAGGCUGAACUUCUAGAUUGUGCAAGGAACUGGCUUAUGCACUAAACGUUUUGUGCCUUGGUCUACAAUUAACAUGAUUUCUGUUUAAAAGGAACAGAUGUUGUCUUUUUGUGCUGCUUCUACGUACAUACUUUCUGUAAUCCCAACCUGCAGAACUGGUUCUUUCCAGAAAAUUGGAUUGAAUUAAAGAUUACUGUAGACAUUUCCUGACCUACUGACAGUUGCACCAUUUCCAGAGAUUUCAGUAUUGAAAAUGAACUGCAGAAGCUACGAUUACUUUGCUUACUGGUGACUAAGUUCUUUAAAAACCAUAUUGUGGUGGUUCUGUGCUUUUGUACAACGGAUGUCUUAAGCUGAGGGCAGUUUAAGGGAUCCUUCCUAAUGCCAGGAGGGCGUUGCUUUCCUCAACACUGUGAUCUGACCUGUGAUAAACCUGCACUAUAGACAAGUGGCUACCGAGUCAACUGCAAACCAACUGAAUGUAAAACCCUUAGUGCUGGUGCUGAAAUCUCUUCAGACAGUCAUAAUGAUUUCCAGUUCGUUGUUUUAAAAGUUAUCAAGUGUCAAAGACUGAAGCUGUUCACUAAUGAAUGUUGACUUUUCAUGCAUUUAGGUUUACCUUCUUUUUAGUUUCUCAGUUCAUUCUCUGCUAUUUUUAUCAUAUUGUGUCAUUUUAAAUUUCUUACAUGCUAACGUUUUGUUUGAGCGAAUGAAAUAAAAUUGCAAUAUAUACAUGUUGCCACCAUUUAUUUCUGGAACCUCAUAGAAGACUCUCUGAGAUUUACUACUCAAAAUCCCCAGAUUUUUAAUGACUGUGAUCAUUCCUUACUCCUUGAUUCCACCUCUCCUUUCUGUUUCUCCAUCAGAAGAUCCAGUAGAGAACAAUGAAGACUUAACCUUAUAAAGAAUGUAACUGCAGGGACUGUGUACGUUCAUGAAUGGUAACUGCUGUACAUAAAUUAAAAUUAAUUUCAAAUGUAUGAUGUGAUUUACAUUCUCACGUGGUAUAUACACACUUUGGUCUCUGUAUCCACAGAGAACGUGGGAGGAGAAGGAAAGACUUGGGGGGGAAAUAAUUGCAGUCGGUCUGACUUCUUCUCUUGCUGCUUUUAUGUUCAUGACUUUUUUUCAAUACUGGUAAUAAAGCAAACCUACCAUGGCA